AUGGCUGAGAAAACAACCAGAGACCUGCAGGAUGUCCCUGGCUCAUCUCCUGAUGAAAAUGAGUUUCCUUUUGGAUACCCCACUAACAUUUGUGAGGAUGUGCCUGAUCAGAAGUACCUGUGCAGCAACUGCAAUAACAUUCUGAAGAAGGCCCUGCAGAUGCUCUGUGGGCACAGGUACUGCUCAGCCUGCCUCACCUGGAUUGCACGGAACAAUAAAAAUGCAAUUUGCCAGAAAUGUAAAGAGGAAGAUCCCAGCACCUUCAGUGAGGGAAGCCUGUUGGCAGAAGAAAGGGCAUUUGGUGAUGCUGCUAUUAAUAAAGAGAUUUCUGAACUGAGAGUACACUGUGUGACCCUGGGAUGCAGCUGGUCUGGUAUCAUGAAAAACUUUGAAGAGCAUCAGAGCUUAUGUGAAUAUGCUUUAAUCCCUUGUCACACUGGUUGUGGGCACGUGGUGAUGAGAAAGAAACUUGCAGAUCAUUUGGAAAAUGGAUGUGUUAAUAACGUGACAACGUGUCAGAGGUGUAAGCAGAGCUUAUCCAGUAGUGAAUACCAAAACUGCUCUACACCCUCAGUUAACAAGGAUGGAUGUCGCUUUUCUGAGGUUGGCUGUUCAUUUAGGGGAAGCAAAGAGAAGAUAAAGGAUCAUGAAAGAACUGCAGUUGGGGCCCACAUGCUGCUUCUGCUGCAGCACAUAAAGCAACUGAAGGCAAGCUUGUGCACUGCUGCCAAAGCUGCAAAUGGUUUCAUCCCACAGACAGAGCUGAAUGUGAAUGGUGCAGGAAAAAGCAUCCCCAGUCUGCAGAUCCUAGCAGGGCUGGAAAGCUGUGGGGAUCUGGAAGAAGACUGUUUUCCUGGAUCUUCCAUUUCUGAAGAGGAAUCUGUUCUGCAGCAACUUGUGAGGGAGAAAGUGAUUUCUGAGCUAGAAAAUAAGCUACAAGUGUUUGAGAAUAUUGUGGCAGUGCUCAAUAAAGAGGUGGAGAUCUCCAGCUUGGAAAUCAUGGCCUUUCGGAGACAGAGUGAACUUGAUCAAAAUAUAAUACGAGGCCUUGAACUGAAGAUUGCAGAGUUGCACCGGUGCCUGACGCAGAAGGACGCAGGCCUGAGCAGCCUUCGUAAGAGUCUUCUGUUCUCUGAGCAAGCUUCCUAUGAUGGGGUCUUUCUGUGGAAAAUAACAGAUGUUGGCAGGAAGUUACAAGACUCUGUGACUGGAAGAACAGUCAGUUUGUAUUCGCCAGCUUUCUACACUGCAAAGUAUGGCUACAAGGUCUGUCUGAGGGUGUAUCUGAAUGGGGAUGGGACAGGAAAAGGAACCCACAUGUCCCUGUUCUUUGUUGUCAUGAAAGGAGACUACGAUGCUUUGCUCCCAUGGCCUUUCAGGAACAAGGUUACAUUCAUGUUGCUUGACCAAAACAACAGGGAACAUAUUAUUGAUGCGUUUCGGCCAGACUUGACUUCUGCUUCAUUUCAGAGACCAGUGAAUGAUAUGAAUAUUGCAAGUGGCUGUCCCAUGUUCCUCCCUUUGUUCAAAUUGCAGUCACCUAAAUACGCCUAUGUGAAGGAAGACACACUUUUCCUUAAAUGCAUUGUAGAAACAAAUUAG